UUUCUUGUAGUUCUUGUCAUACUUCAGUGUGCAAACCCUCCUGCACACGACACAACAGAACCAUAAUAUAAAACCGAGGCCGUUACUCGAUUCCAACAUUCAAACAUUCUGCCUCAGUUUGUAGUAAUCGAGAGCCCCAAUUAAAAGUGAAGUGUGAUUACAAUAUCUAACGAAAAUGGAUUGUUGCAAGAAAGGAGAAACGCGCACCAUUAUUAAACAAUGCAAAUUUACAAAGAAAGACGGUACUGAAGUAGACUGCGAAUGUACCUGCACAUGCAAAUGUGAAAAUGACUGCAAAGGUCAAGCCUGUCCGGGGAAAAAUGGAUGCAAUUGCGACUGUUCUGAGGAAACAGCCAAAUUAGGACCUGAUGGAAAAUACCGAUGUGUGUGCGAAUGUAAAUGUUAGUUGUAAUCUUAAUUUUCAUGUUAUAUCUUUUUUAUAUUGACUUUGUAGUAUGUAGUAACUCGUUUUAUAAAGACUGUAUCAUUUAUUUAUA